UUUAAUCAGUCUCUAUGGAAAUCCAUUGGCCAGGCUGUUUCGACGGAGGCAAGAGCCAUGUACAAUCUGGGGAAAGCAGGAUUGACAUACUGGAGUCCAAAUAUUAACGUGGUGAGAGAUCCCAGGUGGGGAAGAGCCAUUGAGACUCCAGGAGAAGAUCCAUAUGUGGUGGGUACAUUUGCUACUAAUUACGUAAGAGGAUUGCAAGAUGUUCCAGGGACUGAAAACACAACAGACUUGAACUCUAGACCUCUCAAGGUGUCCUCUUGUUGCAAGCACUAUGCUGCCUAUGAUGUCGAUGCCUGGAAGGGAGUUGAUCGCUAUCACUUUGAUGCAAGAGUGAGUGAGCAAGAUAUGAGGGAGACGUUCCUUAGGCCGUUUGAGAUGUGUGUUAAAGAUGGCGACGUGAGCAGUGUCAUGUGUUCCUAUAAUCGGGUUAAUGGAAUUCCUGCUUGUGCUGAUCCAUAUCUUCUCAAGAACACUAUCAGAGGGGAAUGGGACCUUCAUGGAUAUAUUGUCUCUGAUUGUGAUUCUAUUGAGGUAAUGUAUGAUGAUCACAAAUGGCUUGGUGACUCAAAAGAGGAUGCUGUUGCGCAAGUUCUUAAAGCAGGAUUGGAUCUUGACUGUGGAGACUACUACACCAAAGCUCUUGGAAACUCAGUAAGGCAAGGAGAAGUAAAGGAGGCUGACCUUGACAAGUCAUUGAAGUACCUUUAUGUGGUUCUUAUGAGGCUUGGAUUUUUUGAUGGAAGCCCUCAAUUCAACAGCCUUGGAAAGAACGAUGUUUGUUCAGAUACUAACUUGGAGUUAGCAACUGAAGCAGCCAGAGAAGGAAUUGUACUAUUGAAAAAUGAUGACAAAACUCUCCCUUUGAAGUCUUGUGACAUCAGUAAAAUAGCAGUUAUUGGACCCCAUGCAAAAGCAACCUCUGCAAUGAUUGGAAAUUAUGCUGGCAUUCCUUGCGGAAUUGUUACUCCAUUUGAUGGUAUCUCCAAGUAUGGAGGAGAAGUCACAUAUGAAAAGGGAUGCAGCGACGUAGCUUGCAAGGACGAUAGUUUGAUCUUUUCAGCCAUGAAUGCUGCAAAGAAUGCUGAUGCUACUAUUCUUUUGGUGGGUUUGGACUUGUCUGUGGAGGCUGAGAGCUUGGAUAGGAAUGAUCUUCUCCUCCCAGGUUACCAAACUCAAUUAAUCAACCAAGUAGCUGAAUCAUCUUCAGGUCCUCUAGUUGUUGUGAUUAUGUCUGCCGGUGGGAUCGACAUAAGCUUUGCCAAGAACAAUCCUAAAAUUAAAGCUAUUCUUUGGGCUGGAUAUCCUGGUGAGAAAGGUGGUCGCGCCAUUGCUGAUGUUAUCUUCGGAAAAUACAAUCCAGGUGGAAGAUUGCCUCUUACAUGGUAUGAAGCUGGUUAUGUGGACAUGCUGCCAAUGACAUCCAUGCCACUAAGGCCUGUUGAUAGCUUGGGUUACCCUGGAAGAACAUACAAGUUCUUCAAUGGCUCAACAGUAUACCCAUUCGGGUAUGGCCUUAGCUACACAAAUUUCAGUUCAACUCAGUUACAAUUAGCUAGAGAGAGGCCUAGUUUUGCCAAUAAGAGAAGAUUCAAGUUCUGGCAAACUCUUUUGCUAUUUACAGCUAUCUCAGUCUCUGUUUUCAAUAAAAACUCUCAAGUGGACUAA